AGCAGCAGCAGGCGGCAGGGCGGCUGGGGGUCAUGCGGGAGGAGCAGCAGCAGCAGCAGCAGCAGGGCCGCACGCAGGAGCCUCUGUGGACUGAGGCUGAGGAGAUGGAGGUGGUGCGGGAGGCGGAGGCAGCGGAGAGGCGCGAGGAGGAGGAGGGAGCAGAGGGCGCGUGAGGCGGAGGUAUAUUAUAAGCGGAAUAAACCGGCUGGCCUGAAAGUUGCUCGCUUGUCACCCAGGGUGAACAGCCAUCAUGUUUGCGUAGUGCGUUUCAUGCGGGCACUGGGCAAGAUAGAUUCACACUGCGUGUUUGCUUGUGGGCAUGGAUGACGUCCACGAUCGACAUCGCAGGAAGCGAUGGGAUGUUGCUGAGGGGAAUGUCCGCAGUCCGCAGUCCCUGGGUUUUUUGUUAUGGUACCCGUGCUCCCUUCCACGGGUUAAUCCGUUUAUAAUGAGAUGAAUGACUGACGGCCGGGGACCUUGCCCAAGAAGUCAUGUGCCCGGAAUAUUCGCGGGAUUUCCCAGAGGUGUUCUUUGGGUUUGCAAAGAGGAUGCGACCUCGCGCUACGCAUCGCUGUGCGGCGUUGGCGCGGGUUGGGGUCGGCAUUGGUGCUGGAGUGGUGUGGUCUUGGUGCAGGAUCGGUAGCAGUAGCCACAGUUGCGCCGUAACGACAGUGGGUUCGGACCGCUAACCAAAGCUGUUUAGUCAAGUGCUCGCAGGCGUCACAGCCCAGCACCCUAGGAAGGACCAGUUCUACACGGGUUUCAAGGAUUCCUAUCACCUUGUUCCAAAGUGCCGUCAGACUGCGAGGGCCCCUCUCAUUAGCAGUUGGCCCUCUGUUGUCGCAAGCAAGUAAGGCAAACACAUGUUCAAUUUUGCAAAGACCAAAGCCGUCAUGGCCCAGGCAAAGCCCUGCCCUGCUGACCUGACCCAUGGGUCGCCCGGCUGCGUGAUAACGCUCGAGUGCAAGGAGGGUGUUAAGCUGGAAGCCCUGCGCUGCGCUCUGAGCAAUGCGUCUCCCAUAUUGCGUGAGGCUCUCAGCCUGAAGCUGGCUAAGCCCGGCGUGCUUGAGCUGCCUGAGGAUAACGCCGCGGAUUGGGAGCUGAUGAUCAGGAUGAUCCAGCCCGGCACCUACCCUCCGGCUGCCGUGAACUGGGAAAACGUGGAGCGCCUGCUGCAUCUGGCUGACAAGUACGACAUGGCUGUCGUACGGGGCUACUGCGCCAACUUCCUGAGCCGCAACACCUCCUCUCUCACCCUGUCAGAGCCGCUGCUGUCGCCCACUAACCCGCUCAUGGCCGCCACUCUCGUCUGCAAGUACUGCAACCUGCCGGAGCUCAAGCCGUACACGGAUGCCGUUCAGCACACGCUAUGUGCGGUACUGGCGCCCAUGAGUUCCUCUGCCGGCGCAACUGUCAAGUCCCUGGUGGCCCUGCUGAAGCCGCUGACUGCACACGAGCGCUUCCACGAUGCCAUUGCCCCCGCCGUGCA